AUGUCCAAAGUGGGAAAGGGGGUGGCUCUGACGGUGGUGCCAGAGGCUGCUAACGCCUCCUAUCUGUCAGGCCUCGAGAGCGACCUCGAACCCGCGAGAAUCGUCCAGACCCGGUCCAAGGAAGGCGUCAUAAGCUUCCUCAAGACCAUCAAGCCUUUCAUGAGCACAUUCGGUUUCGCCUCUGCUCAGGGCAUUAACGUCAAGGACGGCGUCAUCGAGAUUGCUGCCGGCGAGCGCCAGGGUGCCAUGUACGCGGAGCUGACCCUCACGGCCUCGCAUUCGCCGGUGGACGAUCCGCUAUAUAUAGCAUCGGAGACUUAUCGCUAA